UGCGACAGUUUGCUUCCUUUACUGAACUUCACAGUAGACCUAUGACUCACUCAGUGCGCAGCCUCUACAUGUGCAACUCAAUGGAAAAUGCAGCUUAUCAAGGUCUUCAGUGUCAUAUAUCUCACUGCCAUUUGUGCAGCUCAGCAUGUUGAUGACCCAGAGGAUGUCACCAGCACGUACAGAGACGUUACUCCGACUACACAAGCAAUGAUAACUGUGCCCCCUGUACCAUUUCUGCAGCAACAGUCAGCGUGGUCGGAUGUGUUCCCCUCUGAGAAAGUGGUGCUCAAUUGUAGCGUCGCUGACAGCUCUGACUGGACCUUCACCUGGUACAGAGGGGGACAGGCAUUGCAAGAUUCAGAUCCAAGUGUGUCUUUGUCUGCCGGGGGAUCUGUUCUUACAGUUACUGCAGAAGCACAAACAUCCUCUGGAAUCUAUUCCUGUAAAGGCCAUCACAAAACAAAAGGCGUUACCACUGCAGAGAGCAACAAACUCCAGCUCAGUGUUUAUCCAAACGUGCCCAAGCCCACUCUGAGACGCAGUUUAGACUAUCCUGAGAUGUUCCCCAAAGAGUCUGUCACCUUCACAUGCAAAGUCAAUGUGUCCUCUGGAUGGGAAUAUCUGUGGUACCUUAAUGGAGCAGAAAUACAAGCAGCUAGUAAUGAUGGCUUUACCAUAGCUUCUAUAAAUCAUCCAGACAGUGGCGAGUAUCACUGUAAAGCCAAGAGAGGUUCAUUCAGCACAGACGACAGUGAAAAAACAAAUCUGAAAGUCUCUGACCCACGUAAUCCAUCCCUGAGCCUGCUGACUCCCUGGAAGGAUGUGUUUGAAAAGGAGACAGUGAACUUUGAGUGUAAAGUCGACAGCCCUGGAUGGACGUUCACAUGGUACAAAAAUCAAGUGCAUAUCCAGGAUGAUCCAUUCUUGCCACUGGAUAAAAUGAAACCAUACUUCAACAUCACCUCUAUCACUCAAGCUUACAAAGGAGGCUAUUCCUGCAAAGCUCACCUUGAACACAGGGUCAGCUCUGGAUUCAGCAAUACAGUUGAUGUCGAAGUUUAUGAUAACACACCAAAACCAACACUGAGCAAGAAUCCUGCUUUUAACCCAAUGUAUGUUGGGGAAGCUGUGAACUUCACCUGCAAUGUUGGUGUGGCCUCUGGCUGGGAGUAUCUGUGGUACAAAGAUGGGGAGAAACUCCCUGGAACCAGCAGAACCAUUGGUUUCCCUCUUAGCCUUUCUAAUGGGGGGAAAUACUCGUGUAAAGCCAACAGAGGUGAUGCAACGCACACAGACUUCAGUAAAGAAAAACAACAAGAUGUUCUUGAAAUUCCUGCUCCAUCUGUGAAGAAAUCGACACCGUGGUUGGAUGUGUUCCCUGGUGAGAGUGUGAAGUUGAGCUGUGAGAUGAAAGACAGCUCAGACUGGAUUUAUACAUGGUUCAGAGAUGGACAGGAGGUCCAAGCAGAUGGUGUUGUGUCUUUUGACUCAAGUCGAGCUACUCUCUCCAUCAACUCUGCUUCACCUGUACAUGCAGGACAAUAUACCUGCAUGGGAAGCCUGAAGGGCAGGUCUGUCAGCAGCAGUAAAAGUUCUGGAUUUAAUCUAACAGUACAUGACAAGCCACCCAGUGUCACACUGACGCAGGAUCCUGACUACAAGGUGAUGUUCCCUGGGGAGUCAGUCUCUUUUAUCUGCAACAUUAAGGUCUCCUCUGGAUGGCAGUACCAAUGGUACAAAGAUGGCAAACGUCUUGACCACUCUGAAAAGACGUAUCCAAUCCAACUCAAUGGAACAACAAGUGGGGGAUUAUAUGAAUGCAGAGUGCACAGAGGCCCAGGGGCCACUUACCCUAGUCAGUCUUUACCCCUUAAAAUUGAAGGGAACAAGCCCAAGCCCUCGAUGACUCAAAAUCCAAAUAUUGACAAGCUGUAUGCUGGAGAGAGUGUGUCCUUUGAAUGCAAGAUUGAACACUCGUCUGGUUGGGAGUACUACUGGUACAAAGAUGGAAAGGAACUCCCUGUUCCGAAUAGCAUGUAUUCCAUCAACGAUGCCAAAUUGUCAAGCAAUGGGAUGUAUAAAUGCAUGGCCAGAAGAAAUAAAACUAUGUAUUACACAGAGUACAGUGAUGGACGGUUGUUAACCAUAUCUGAAAUUCCUGUUCCAUCUUUGAAGAAAGUGACAGAGUGGUUGGAUGUUUUCCCCACUGAAAGUGUGACGUUGAGCUGUGUGAUGGACAACAGCUCUGACUGGAAAUACACAUGGUACAAAGAUGGACAGGAGGUCCAGAAAACACCAAAUAAUGUUCUAUCUUUUGAUGGGGAUGCAAGUCGGCUCAACAUCACCUCAGCUUCACCCUUAAACCGUGGACAGUAUAAAUGCUCAGCAAGGCUCAAGAGCAGAUCUGUCAACAGCAGCUUAAGUUCUGGACUAACACUCAGUGUUUACGAUACAACACCCAGAGUCACGCUGACGCAGAAUCCCAGUCACGACGUGAUGCACACCGGAGAUCCAGUUACAUUUAGCUGCCACAUCAAUGUCUCCACUGGAUGGAAGUACUUGUGGUUCAAAGAUGACAUUCCACUUGCUGAAUCUGGAGCGAAUCACACCAUCACCUCUGUUCUGACAAAAAACACUGGAUCGUACAAAUGCCAAACAAAAAGAGGGAACACUGCUGUGUUCCACUCAAACCAGACUCAGGCUGUAAAACUCAACGUCGAAGAGCGCCCAAAAGCUGAAAUAAUCCUGUUAACUGGUUGGUCAGAGGUCUUCUCCACGGACACCUUGUUGCUCAAGUGUGGGGUGCAGAACAGCCAGGACUUAUGGAACUACACAUGGUUCAAAGCGGACAAGCCAAUCGCUGAGCUGCCCUCUGACCAGUCACAAACACAUAAAGUCACACCCCAGAACGACCCUGACCAGAGCGACUACAUGUGCCAGGGCAUUCGCACCGGGAGACCAUCUUACUCAAAAACCAGUGAUCAUUACAAAACCAAGAACCUUCUUUUGAAGAGGAGGAUCCUUCUUUCCAUCUCUGGCUGUAUCUUCUUUGGCAUCAUCUUUGUCUUCCUUGGAUGCAUUAUCCUCAGAUUCACCCGCAAACCAGCUGCCGAUGUAUACAAGCCAGAAGAAGCAGAGCUGUUUGCCAGAAUGGACAAGAAAAAGGACAGCGAUGAUGCUCCCUGUCCACUGGUUCAGUACAUCACUGAUGCAGCCCUGAAUGCCCCACCAAAAGAAGGGGAUGAGAACGGCAUGAUUUGCAGUGAAAUAACCCCGUUACCAAUAACCCCGCAGGAGGACCAAGCUGUGACGACCGAGAGCCACGACGAGGCAGAUAACAACGGCGGGAUGGUUUCUUUUAAACAAUAAGUCACUGAAGAUGUAUCCGCUUAGUUUCAUGCUAAACAAUAAAUAACUAAAUGAAUGGCUCAAGUGAGAAAGCUCAAGCUGUGUACAUCAGGAGAGAAUUAAAGGUGCAAUGUGUUAGAAUUGGCAUGAGUAACUAACUAUCUGCUGCUCAUUAUAGCUGCUGUUUGCAAGUUAGCUCAGUUAGCCAAGCAUCUAGCAGUUUGGACUGGGAGCUCUGAUAACUGGAGACAUGUUGGUGUUAUUACUACCAACACAGGAGCUUUGGCCCAGGACAGGAUGGGCUUAGUUGCUAACAUGCUUACUUCAGUAAAUAGUACAAUGCAUAAAUGUCACAUCUUCAAAACUGGUAUUUCAUCAUGCUCUGUUGAUAAUUUCAGUGAAUUUCAUACUGUACCUUUAAGGCUCAGCUCAUCUUGUCUGGCUCAGACUUUGAGCCUCAGCUGUGCUUUGACCUGAAUGCGCUGACUAACAGGCAUUGCUGUUUAAAUGUUCAAAGAUUUGUUUUGCAUCGCACAGUACUGUUGAAAACUGUACAUAUUUUAGCACGUGUGUAAUACAUUGAUAUGAUGAUCUGUGGAGAUUUUUUUUUUAAUUCUUAGAACAAACACCAGAUGUCAGUAGAUAUACCAAAGCUUAUUUAAUUUGUUUAAAUAGUUGAGCGUUCAUGUUAAAGGCAACCAGUAUGAUAUGUAUAUUUAUCUACAGUGAGUGAUGCUACGAAAAUGCCUUUCAAGCAUUUUGUGACUCUUCAUGAAAUUGUGAAAAUAAAAAAUAAAAAAAUGUU